UAUGGUGUAAGAUAUUUCUUCAAGAUUGGGCAGCUGGUGACUUGGUAUUUCUGAUAGUCUUAAGCUGACCUAUAGCCAUAGAGAAACCUCACGGAGUUCCGUAUUUUGUUUUCUGCUUUACACAUUUCCUGACAUCGAAGUUCAGCUUGCAACCAUGUAUGGAAGUGCUCGAUCAGUUGGGAAGGUGGAGCCAAGCAGCCAGAGCCCUGGGCGUUCACCUCGACUUCCACGUUCUCCUCGCUUAGGCCAUCGUCGAACCAAUAGUACAGGAGGGAGUUCUGGAAGCAGUGUUGGAGGUGGCAGUGGGAAAACCCUUUCAAUGGAGAAUAUACAGUCCUUAAAUGCUGCUUAUGCUACAUCUGGCCCUAUGUACCUAAGUGACCAUGAAAAUGUGGGUUCAGAAACACCUAAAAGCACCAUGACACUUGGCCGAUCUGGGGGACGCCUGCCUUAUGGUGUUAGGAUGACUGCUAUGGGCAGUAGCCCCAAUAUAGCCAGCAGUGGGGUUGCUAGUGACACCAUAGCAUUUGGAGAACAUCACCUCCCUCCUGUUAGUAUGGCAUCCACUGUACCUCACUCUCUUCGUCAGGCCAGAGAUAACACCAUCAUGGAUCUGCAGACACAGCUGAAGGAAGUGCUAAGGGAAAACGAUCUCUUACGGAAAGAUGUGGAAGUAAAGGAGAGCAAACUGAGUUCUUCAAUGAACAGCAUCAAGACCUUCUGGAGCCCAGAGCUGAAGAAGGAGAGGGCCCUGAGGAAGGACGAAGCUUCCAAAAUCACCAUUUGGAAGGAGCAGUACAGAGUUGUGCAGGAGGAAAACCAGCACAUGCAGAUGACAAUCCAGGCUCUUCAGGAUGAAUUGCGAAUCCAGAGGGACCUGAAUCAGCUGUUUCAGCAAGAUAGUAGCAGCAGGACCGGGGAACCUUGUGUGGCAGAGCUGACGGAAGAGAACUUCCAAAGGCUGCAUGCUGAGCAUGAGCGGCAGGCCAAAGAGCUAUUCCUUCUACGGAAGACCCUGGAGGAAAUGGAGUUGCGUAUUGAGACUCAGAAGCAAACCCUGAAUGCUCGGGAUGAGUCAAUUAAGAAGCUUCUGGAGAUGUUGCAGAGCAAAGGGCUUUCUGCCAAGGCUACCGAGGAGGACCAUGAGAGAACAAGACGGCUGGCAGAGGCUGAGAUGCAUGUCCACCACCUAGAAAGCCUUUUGGAGCAGAAGGAAAAAGAGAACAAUAUGUUGAGAGAGGAGAUGCACAGGAGGUUUGAGAAUGCUCCUGAUUCUGCCAAAACAAAAGCUCUUCAAACUGUUAUUGAGAUGAAGGAUUCCAAAAUUUCCUCCAUGGAGCGUGGGCUCCGAGACCUUGAAGAGGAAAUUCAGAUGCUGAAAUCGAAUGGGGCUUUGAGUACUGAGGAACGGGAAGAAGAGAUGAAGCAGAUGGAGGUGUAUCGGAGCCAUUCUAAAUUUAUGAAAAAUAAGGUAGAGCAACUGAAGGAGGAACUAAGUUCGAAAGAGGCUCAAGGGGAGGAGCUGAAAAAGAGAGCGGCUGGUCUUCAGUCUGAGAUUGGCCAAGUGAAACAGGAGUUGUCCAGAAAGGACACAGAAUUACUAGCUCUGCAGACAAAGCUUGAAACACUCACGAACCAGUUCUCAGACAGUAAGCAACACAUUGAGGUGCUGAAGGAGUCCUUGACUGCUAAGGAACAAAGGGCUGCCAUCCUGCAGACUGAGGUGGAUGCUCUCCGAUUGCGUUUGGAAGAGAAGGAAACCAUGCUGAAUAAAAAAACAAAACAAAUUCAGGAUAUGGCUGAGGAAAAGGGGACACAAGCUGGAGAGAUCCAUGACCUUAAGGACAUGCUGGAUGUAAAGGAACGCAAGGUGAAUGUUCUUCAGAAGAAGAUUGAAAAUCUUCAGGAGCAGCUUAGAGAUAAGGAAAAGCAGAUGAGCAGCCUGAAAGAACGGGUCAAAUCCUUGCAGGCCGACACCACCAAUACUGACACUGCCUUGACGACUUUGGAGGAGGCCCUUGCAGAGAAAGAGCGGACAAUUGAACGCUUAAAGGAGCAGCGGGACAGAGAUGAGCGCGAGAAGCAAGAGGAAGUGGAUAACUACAAAAAAGAUCUUAAAGACUUGAGAGAAAAAGUCAGCCUAUUGCAAGGCGACCUCUCAGAGAAGGAGGCUUCACUCUUGGAUCUGAAAGAGCAUGCUUCUUCCCUGGCUUCCUCAGGACUGAAAAAAGAUUCACGGCUUAAGACACUAGAGAUUGCUCUAGAGCAGAAGAAGGAGGAAUGCCUGAAAAUGGAAUCACAGUUGAAAAAGGCACACGAGGCAACGUUAGAAGCCAGAGCCAGUCCAGAGAUGAGCGACAGAAUACAGCAAUUGGAGAGAGAGAUUGCCAGGUAUAAAGAUGAAUCUAGCAAGGCCCAGGCAGAAGUUGACCGACUCUUAGAAAUCUUGAAGGAGGUGGAAAAUGAGAAGAAUGACAAGGAUAAGAAGAUAGCCGAGUUGGAAAGGUAAGGAAAGGGAAGCUAAAUGGGACUUACUGGGUUAGAGAAACUAAAGUAUGGUUUUAAAACUAUAUACUUUCCAGGAUAUACUUGUUUCUGUUUUACCUGCCUCUGAAUUUAGGUUCUUGAAUGCUUACUAUUACUUUAUUACCUACUUGUUAUUCGAAGU